UGUGGUGGAUUGUAACUACAUUUACUCCACUACUGGGGAGACUGACAGUAACAUUUUUUGUUUGAACAUCAGCAGCUCAGUGGUUAUUCGUGAUUAAUCUCUCAAACCUUGAUGCAAGGUACCAAUAUUCGUCUAAGCAGCUCUGACAAUGCCCUUCUGAGAGAAAGACAGAGAGAUUUUGACUCAACAACAAGACUUUCAACAUGUCGAGCACUCCGAUGGAAAACGGCUCCACAAACUCUGUUGAAGCCAAGAAAACAGACCAGAGAGUGAACGAGAAGAAGUGCUCAUGGGCCUCCUAUAUGACAAACUCUCCAACGGUGAUCGUAAUGAUCGGCUUGCCUGCGAGAGGGAAGACGUACAUGUCAAAGAAACUCACACGAUACCUCAACUGGAUCGGAGUCCCAACUAAAGUGUUUAACCUGGGCGUGUACCGCAGAGAGGCUGUCAGAGCUUAUAAGUCCUACGAUUUCUUCCGCCACGACAAUGAGGAAGCCAUGAAAAUACGAAAGCAGUGUGCUCUGGUUGCUCUGCAGGAUGUGAAGGCGUACCUGACAGCAGAGGGAGGUCAGAUUGCGGUGUUUGAUGCAACAAACACAACAAGAGAACGGAGAGACCUCAUUCUAGCCUUUGUGAAGGAGAAUUCAUUUAAGGUGUUCUUCGUGGAGUCGGUGUGUGACGACCCGGAGGUCAUCGCUGCUAAUAUUCUGGAAGUGAAAGUGUCCAGUCCAGACUACCCCGAGAGGCACAGAGAGAGAGUAAUGGAUGACUUCCUGAAACGGAUCGAGUGCUACAAGGUUACUUACCAACCGUUAGAUCCUGAUGAUUACGACAAGGACACGUCUUUCAUCAAGGUGAUGAACGUGGGCCGGCGCUUCCUGGUAAACCGGGUGCAGGAUUACAUCCAGAGCAAGAUCGUCUACUACCUCAUGAACAUCCACGUGCACUCCCACUCCAUCUACCUGUGUCGGCACGGAGAGAGCAACCACAACGUCGAAGGCCGCAUCGGAGGAGACUCGGAACUUUCUCCUCGAGGGAAACAGUACGCCAGCGCUCUGCGAGAGUUCAUUGAGGAGCACAAACUGUCAGAUUUGAAGGUUUGGACAAGCCAACUGAGAAGAACCAUCCAGACAGCGGAGGAGCUGGGAGUCCCUUACGAACAGUGGAAGAUACUCAACGAGAUUGAUGCUGGCGUGUGUGAAGAGAUGACUUACGAGAUGAUCGAGAACACAUUCCCAGAGGAGUUCGCUCUGAGGGACCAGGACAAGUACCACUACCGCUACCCAGGAGGAGAGUCCUACCAAGACCUUGUCCAGCGUUUGGAGCCGGUGAUCAUGGAGUUGGAGAGACAGGGCAACGUGUUGGUCAUCUGCCACCAGGCUGUGAUGCGCUGUCUGCUCGCUUACUUCCUGGACAAGGGUGCAGAAGAUCUCCCAUACAUGAAAUGUCCGCUGCACACAAUACUCAAGCUGACCCCUGUUGCAUAUGGUUGCAAAGUGGAAAUGUUUUAUCUUAACGUGGAGGCAGUGAACACACAUCGAGACCGACCUCUUGGUAAAAUCCCGAAGGACUCUACUCUCAUACAUCGGCGGAAUAGUUACACUCCCUUGUCCAGUCACGACCAGGUCAAGCGUCCCAGGCUCUACAGCGCGGGCAACCAGCCCUGGCUCCCGCUCGCCCCCACCCCGUCAGCUCUGAUGCCCGAGGGACGGCAAAGCCAACCUCGGAUAGGAAGCGGUUGCCUGAGUCCCUGUGCGAAGGAAGCGACUUUGACAGCCCAGAAGAAACUGGUGGCUGUGUCCGCUUCUGAGUGAAGAAGAAAGCCUCUUUUUCUCAUGGCAGAAGUUCUUUGUGGUCAGAUUAUGAGGUCGUUUUCUGAUCCUAUGUAUCUCAAAUCUCUCUGUUUACCUUUACUGUGCAUGCUGAGGCUUAGAACUGGGAGCCUAAGUAUCAUAAACACCUCUGCAUGUGCAACAAAAUCAAUCAACCAAAAAAGGAAAACAGGAAACGAAAUAAGCUUCAUUGUAAAUACUUCUAUGCCUUAUUGAUCUUGAUAGAUUUAGCUCCUCUGUAUGAAUGUAACAAGUUAUGCAUCAUUGAUGAAAACCCAUUUUCACUAUUGCAAAUAGAGCAUGUCAUAAAGUAGAUGCUGUAAAAAAUAUUUUUAUAAUACUUUCAUCUGCCAUGCAAACAAUCAGUAGUUGUGACUCUUAUAAAAUGUGUUAGCCAUCAUCUGUUAUGUCUCAUGUUAUUGAUUUGCUUUAGAUUUGAGCGAAUGUACUUGCUGGGUUCAGAAGGAAACUAAAAUAUUGAGUUUCUUUCUUCUGCUGCAGAGGCAUUUUACACAUCGCAUUGCUGGACAUACUGUAAACCAGCAGCCGUUAAAGAAAGUUACUUUUUUCUCACAAGCUGCCAUUUGUUCAUGCAUUAAGCUGGUGUAAUCUGUCACAAUGUACACUAAAUCCUAAAUGUUUCUUGCCUGUUUAUUCUAGGAAGGGAUUUUGUGCAGCAAAAACAUCAACAUGCUGACGGUAUGUUAGCUAUUUAUUCACAUUUGUGUUCAUGUUGUCAUCCUGGCCUAACAUUUAAUUUACCCGCUUUAUGCAAAAUUAUCUUUACCCCUUUAAAUUGUCUUUACAUCAGCCUUUUUCAAAAGACAAAAUCCUUUUAUUUUACUUGAUAAUAGACAGUGGCACAAGUUUAAUUCUAUGACUAUGUGAUAUUUAACUGUUGAUAAGUUUAUGCUCAAAGCAGCCUAUGUGUGCCUUUAAGGAAGACAAUAAAAGUGGAUUUUGAAGUGACAGGACAGUUUCUCCCCCGUAGAAAUGUAGGGGACAAGUAAAAGUUAUUUUAAUAAUGGCCUUCAUUUAAUUACUCUUUGUUUAAUGCAAAAUUGUCUCGAAAUUCUUAAAGAUCUAGAUUAAAUAUGACAAAUAUUCGGCCUCGGGGGCAUUACAGUAUGAUUAGAAGACAGAUAUGUGUGGAAGAGAUGGUCUGGGGACUAACUUCUUUACAUGUCGCUGUAACUGGAGUCAGACAAUUAUUCAGCCAACUGGAAGCAGAAGGAACUGUAAUUAAUUGUUUUAAAGAACUGCAAACUUGUGUGUUUGUGUCGUUAUAACACAAUAAAUGUGUUUUAUUCUCUUGAAAA